CGCACGGAGCUGUAAUAAUCAAUUCUGCUUGUUUCCAGCCACGCAACAGUAACAAACCUUUCUCGAGAUGGCAUCAGUGAAGGCAUCCCUGGCGUGCGUCCUGCUGUUCGCCGCUGUGGCUUACGCCGCGUUUCCCCAGCAUCAGGAGGCCGCGGCCCAGCACGAGAAGGCUGAAUUUGCUGUCGCCGACGUAGCUCGGGCUGACGGUGCUGAGGUUGCGGACACUGAGGCUGAAGCAAAAGCGUAUUGUUAUGGUAGUUGUUGCAAGUACUUCAAAUGCUUCUACGGGUUGGGAACGUGGGACUCCUACUGCUACCCGAACGAGAAAGUAGUUUACUAUUGCUAUUCUUUAGUCUACGGUUACUUGCGCUGCUGCGUUCCUUAUACUUCUGGAUAGACACAGAAAGUUCUUAGUCUAACUACUACGCCAGUGCACAUAGCUAGUUCUUGGUCCUGGUAGCUACUACGUCGGUACACAAAGCUAGUUCUUGGGUCUGGUAACUACUACGUCAGUGCACAUAGCUAGUUCUUGGUCCUGGUAGCCACUACUGCAAUACA